GGUCGGCCUCAGCUGGCCCCGGCACGCCCCCGGCUGGCUUUGCGCGGCCCCUGCUCGCGCAGGCGAAGUAUGGCCAUGCCGAGACGGCUGCCGGUUCCCCGCGGCUUCCGGGGCGCCCGGGCCCUGCCCGCGCUCCUCCUGGGCGUGCUGCUGGCAGCCGCGACGUGCCGCGUCCAGUCCGCGAUGUACUUCGCCUUCGCGGCGCCAGCGCGGGCCGGCCCGAGGCUCAGCCUCGGGAGCGCAGCAGCACCCACGGGGUGGGGCCACACGGCCGCCGCGCCCCUGCCGCCGGCGGCCUCCCCGGUGGCACGGCGCGUCUUCGGCCUGGGCACCUCGGAAAUUUUGGUCAUCCUUGCCAUUGGUGCACUAGUGCUGGGCCCCGACGCGCUGAAGAACGUUGCCAAGGAGGCUGGCAAGGCCGCGUCUGACUUGAAGGACGUGCCGGACGCCUUCCAGGAGGGAAUGAACCAGGGCAAGAAGCCUGAGAGCAAGGAGGAGCCAGAGAAGAUGCUGAAAGAGCCGGAGGCCGCUGCGGGGAAGAAGGCCGCCGACGACAAGGCCGCAGAGAAGGCCUGAGAGUAUGGCGCGAACCAGGUCAGAUCAGCCGGGCGCUCGCUCGUGACGCGCUCAUGACACCACCCACCAAGAUCGGUGGUCACCUCGACCGAGGAAAGACGACUCCCGAUCUUGAUUGUAGUGGUAGUGCAUUGCGCACCUCAGUAGGUUAAGUAUCACCAGCAGCACAGAGAUCGUGGGUCAGCCCCGAUCGAUUGACUUGACUCCCGAUCUUGGUAGUGGCGCCCAUUUGUAGGCUUCUCAUCGUGCAAUGCGUACCCAAACGGGAAGGAGAGGCGGCUUUGCAUUUCUGUAGCGUCAACUGGAAACCUUUGAAGCCGUCGUUCCAGCAGAGCUCGAGCUCCUCCUAGGCAGGCCUGUUUUUUGGAUACGCGUGGUAGCGACAAUCGUGCUGCCUCGCCGAGCAGGGUACAGUGGAACAUGCGACGCGCAUUGCGUUGAAAAGGCAUCGUGCUUCUGCAGAGCGAUAUGCAUGCUCCCGAAAAGGCUGGCAUGCGCCCGUCCGAGUACAGCGCCACCCGAGGAGGCUUGCCCCCUCGACGAUCUCG